AUGGAUAGAGAUAUACGAAUAGUUGUUGCUAUCGACUUUGGAACGACAUUUUCAGGAUUUGCAUAUGCAAACAAAGUAAACCCAGAGAUUGUUACAAACGACAGCUGGCCCGAACAGACUGGUGUGUUUAAAACAAACACCGUACUUCAAUACGAUGAGAAUUGGAACGUAACUAAAUGGGGAUAUCCAGCAUUAGCACAAGAGCCUGUGAAAAAAAAGAAAAGGGAUGCGACUCAUGCACACCAUGCCAAACCAGUUGAACUGUUCAAACUCUAUCUUGCGGCUGAUGCAGGAGGAGAAAUGCCAUCUUUACCACCAGGAUUAGACUUCAAGAGAGCGAUAACAGACUAUCUUGGUGAAAUGGCUAAAUUGAUAAAAGAGACAUUGGCUUCUCGGUGGCCAGGAGUUAGAUUUCCACAACAAGUCAGAGUUGUGUUGACAGUGCCUGCAGAAUGGACAGAGGAGGCAAAAGCAAUUAUGAGAGCAUGUGCCUUUCACGCUGGGCUUAUAGAAACGCUACGAUCCGAUCUGCUGGAGUUUACGACCGAGCCUGAGGCUGCUGCAAUACAUUGUAUCUCAAUUCUCAAAGAGCACGAGUUAAUGCCAGGAGCAUCCUUUAUGAUUGUGGAUUGUGGUGGUGGAACGGUAGACCUGACUACUAGACGAUUGUUGCCCGAGAAUCAACUUGGAGAAAUAACAGAAAGAUCAGGAGAAUUGUGUGGCAGUUCUUUUGUUGAUAGAGAGUUUCUAAAAUUUCUCGGCCGCAAACUUGGAUUCGAGGCAAUGAAUCAGCUUAAAACGAAUCAUUACGGUCAAUUACAAUAUUUGGUACAGUAUUUUUGUACCAAAGUCAAAUUCUCGUUUAACGGCAAUCCAAGCGAAUUCAGAGCUAAAGAAUUGGACAUUGAGCGAGUGUGUCCAGCUGUGAUGCAAUACAUGACGGAAAAAGCGCAUGCAGAAUUAGAUGACGUCGAUUGGAUUGUGGAAAUGACCUAUGAGGACGUAAAGAAGAUGUUUGAUCCAGUGGUGAACAAGAUUAUUACAUUGAUUGAGAGACAACUGAACGCAUCGGAUACUCCGUGUAGUUGUAUGUUUCUGGUUGGCGGGUUCGGCGAAUCGCAAUAUUUGCAGGCGCGUGUUAGAGCAACAUUUGGGAGAGCGGUUCCGGUAAUUGCUGUUCCUAAACAUCCAAUAGCAGCUGUUGUUCGCGGUGCUUUGUCAUAUGGUCUCAAUAUGUCUACUGUCAAGACGCGCGUUUUGAAAUGGAGCUAUGGAGUGGAAGUCAGUGCUCGUUGGGAGCCUGGUGACCCACCCGAGCGUAGGACUCCACAAGGCCGGCUAUUCAAGUUUCAUCAACUGGCUCGCCGCAGUACCGAAGUUGCUGUCAAUCAAAAAUUUCAAUACACAGCUGGACCUGUGAAUCCGAAUCAGACAGAUAUGAAUUUCAAUAUUUACGUUACUCCUGCCCUGAGUGCAAAGUAUUGUGAUGAAAAUGGCAUGCGGAUGUUGGGCAAGAUGAAGAUUGACCUGCCAGAUCCCCAUCUGGGUAAAGACCGAUUGAUACAGUUCACCUUGACGUUUGGAGCAAUGGAAGUCAAGGCAACCGCACAGAAUAUCAGAAACGGACAAAUUUAUCAGACAACUUUCGAUCUCGAGUUUUAA